AUGUCAAAGUGUACAGAUAUAUGUUUUUAUUCCAUGAAAUGACUUAUCUCAAUUUACUUGAUUCUUUAGCAUGCUUCAGUUAGGGAGGAAAACAGCCUUAAUUGUAAUGAAUUGCUGAAAACUAGUGUCAGACUAUGGCAGCGUUGUCAGUUUUUAAUGACACACCACCAGCUUUUCCUGGAGAACAACUCAGAAUUGCAGCUGAUUUUGCACAAGACACAGACCACAAUAAAGUAAAUUUAGGAAGUGAAGAAUAUUGUGAUGAGGAUAACCAGCAGUGGGUCCUUCCUGUUGUGAGAAAGGUCCAGCAGCACAUAGCUAAUGACCCAACCCUUAAUCAUGACCAUCUCCCAGAGGCGGGUUUACCUGAAUUCACAAGGUCUGCAGUGUCGAUGGCACUUGGCAAAGACAGCAUUGCAAUUCUGCAAAAUAGGGCAGCUGGUGUUCAGGCAAUAGGAGGCACUGGUGCGCUUUUCAUUGGAGCAAAAUUUCUUCAUCGGUGGUAUGAUAACAGCUCCAGCUCUACAGCAAUUUAUGUAGCUUCACACGCAUACGAAGGUUGUCAGGAAAUAUUCCGGAAUGCUGGAUUUGAAAAUAUCCAUCCAUAUCACUACUGGGAUAAUGAAAAAGCAAGCCUGGCGACAGCUGAAAUGCUGGAAGAUCUGCAGAAUGCACCAAGACAUUCCAUAGUUGUAUUGGAUAUAGACAGCAGUACGGGUACAAAUCCUUCAACUGAAGUCUGGGAGCAGAUUGCUAUAAUAUUAAAGAGAAGAGAUAUGUUUCCAUUCUUUCGCUUGACUGCCCAAGGGUUGGUCUCCGGAGAUCUGGAAAAUGAUGCCAAACCACUGCGUCACUUUGUUGCUGAAGGAUUUCAACUCUUUUGUGCUCAGUCCUUCUCUAGGAACUUCGGCUUAUAUGAUGAAAGAGUAGGAAACCUCACUAUAGUAAUGAAAGACAAUGACACUCUUCUCAGGGUUCGAUCUGAAGUCGAGAAGAUUGUGAGGGUGGUAUGGUCUAGCCCUCCUAUGAUGGGGUCCCGAAUUGUAACAGCAGUGCUAAAUAACCCUGCUCUCUACGCAGAAUGGAGAGAGAAUUUGAAGGUGAUGGUAGAACGAAUUAUGUUAAUCCGUGACAAGUUAAAAGAAAGAUUAAGAUUGUUAAGUACACCUGGAUCAUGGGAGCACAUUACAAACCAGGCGGGAAUGUAUUGCUUCACUGGAUUCAGUUCUGCCAGGAUCAACUAUCUGAUUAAGAAAAAGCAUGUCUAUUUGAUGGAAAAUGGACAAAUCAAUAUUUGCAAAGUGAACAGUAAGAACCUGAAAUAUGUUACAGAAGCUAUCCAUGAAGCAGUGACCACUGACCUACAAGACUGUUCACAGUAACAAACUGAUCAUCAUCGUUUUUAAUACAAGCAUCUAAUUAAAACAGACUGACACCCUUCAGUGAAUGUCAUUAUUAAAUAAUGAUUUUUUUUAUUUUUUACAAAUAAAAUGUGGCAUCUAGAUUCAGUUAAGUGAACAAAUGAAUCCAAGUAAGCCAGCAAAACCACUCCU